AUGGGGGUAGGAAAAAUAAAUCAAAAAGUGUAUCAAAUAAAGAGACUGGGAACGUUUUGGGGGCUUUCCUCGGUAUGGGAAAAAGGAAAGCCAGUCAACGACCCCGUGGAGCGUCUGAAGGAAGAGCGGGAUGGGAUCGUUCUGAGUCCCCAGAGGCGCAGUUUUGGCACCGGCUGCCAUGUUCAGACAACCACCGUGUUCACUCGACAGCUGACUGUGCCCGAGAGUAAUGAGUCCCGCGACAAGGACAGAGAACGGGACCGAGACAGGGACAGACCUGUCAGAAAAAUCGGCAGUGGCAGAAUCCAGAUCGACAGGGAAAAUAGCCGGGAUUACUCCGGCCUACGGGAGCGCUUUGAUGAUCGGGAUGUCCGGGAACGUGAACCAGACAGAGAGCGAGACUUUGCUUGGAACAGAGAACGAGAGUGGGAGAGAGAUGUCGUCCGGGACCGGGACAGAGAUGUCAGGGAAUCUGAAUGGGACAGGGAUCGCGGCGAUCGGGACAGACGAUUUGAUCGCUCAGAUCGGUUUCGGCGUGGGGGAGACCGGGACUUUCCGGAUAGAGACAGGAGAGACAGGGAUUUUCGUGACAGGGGCUUUGACCGAAACUCUCGCAGAAACAACUACAGGCAUGAAGAAAAGGAGCCGGAAUGGUUCACCGGAGGCCCCAGCAGUCAGACGGACACCAUAGAGCUCCGAGGGUUUGACCGAGAAGGCGUUUGUGACGCAGGUGAAGGAGAUGCCAGGCCAAACCAGAGAAAUGAGAGCAGCAAGAUUAACACACCUUCGGAGGACAUUUCUAGUAAAGGCAGAUUGUCAGUAAGACAACAGUUUCCCCGAACAGCAACAAAAUCUCUCUCUCCCCCCCUCCCCCUCUCUCUCUCUCCCCCUCCCUCCAUCUCUCUCUCUCUCACACACACACAAACACAUCAAAAAGAAUUCACUUUUAAAUGUUUUUUUUUUCCAUAUAUAACAUUAGAAUCAUCUGAAGCAGCCUCCGAGCCUGAUGAUGAAGAUUCUGUAUGCCAGGGCAGCCGAUUCUCUCGUUUCUUCUCUGGGAUUAAUGGAAACAAGCUGGGGAGCGAUACCUCAUCUCUGGAGAACAUGCUUUUGCUGUGCAUGCACUUGAUAGAUGGAGUUUUAAAAAAAAAUGUGUUUCUUUUUCUUCCAGAUCUUUUAGAAGACAGCCAUAACAGUCCUGCCUUUCCAUCACCCACCCCCAUGGUGGGCCCCAUGGCAGCAGUGCCCACUCAGCUAGGCCCAGCCCCCCAUGGCCUGCUGCCUUUCCAGAACCAGCUGGAGACGCACAGCAAAGAGCACAUGUUUAGCCAGCACCAGAACCUGGUCCCUGUUCCAAACCCUGCGGGGGAUAACAAUGCAGCUUUUGACAAGCCAGCCUUGCCCCCCUGCGCAAUCUCCAGCAACAGCAGUUUCAGCACACAGGAUGCAGAAGCACAACUCAAGGCUCUACUGUUUGGUGGCAACAGAGACUCCGCUCCGUCUAGUGGCACUGCAUCCCCAGCCAGCUUGCCUCCAAGUGUCCAGAGAAAAGUGAAAACCGUGGCCGAGCUGGAGGCCGACAUGCAUCAGAACUCCCCCCAGAAGUCCAGCAGCGGGCUGUCGGUGACAAGCAGUGUCAGCAACACGUCUGCCGGGACAGAGGACAUGGCGGCCUUCAACAAGCUGCUGAUCAUGAUGAAUGCUGCUUCCGAGGCUAUUCAGAAUCUUACCCAGACAGAACCACAGGCUACCCGUGCUCCGUUUGGUGUGUUCCCAAGCCAUCAUGAGUUCAAUCAUGCUGUCCUGAGAAAUAAAGAGGAGCAGAUCCAGCUUCAACAGCAGUCUUUUCACAUUGCUCAGCACUCGAACCAUUCACAACCACAGCUGCCACCUCACCUCCCACCACCACCCCCGCACAUCCAUUCCCAUCAGCAGAUGCUUCAACUGAGCCAGCAUCCGCCACCACCCCUGGUCAGACUAAUGAACAAACAACAAGUGACCUCCGGUAUUCUGCAGUCAAUGACAUCUCAUCCAAACUCUUUGAUAAGGCCCAGAGCCCAAAGUGGGGGCCCCCUGGUGUCGUCUGAUCUGAUUUACAGCCUCAUUCAGCAGAAUCCGACAAUCGUGAUGAAUCCCGCCUCACCAGGUCCUAACAUGGCAGCCAUCUUGGCAUCACAGCAGUCGGCAGUGCCUAACACAGCUCGAAUCCCAUCACCACUCAUGUUUAGUCAGCAGCCGCCGCUGCAUCUAAAUGCACCGUCACCAAUACACCCUGGUCAGCUAAGCCCGAGGUCACUGACUGUGGGAACCAACCUGGCCACAGGGGCUCUUGGCUCGCCGACUGGGAUGAGGUCACCAGUGCUGGCCCGUGUGCUCAGUCCUCAAGAGUUGUCUGUGCAUGCUCAGGCUGUCAUGCAGAGUGCUCUGAUCAAGCAGCAACUGCUUGACCAGAACAUGCGGUACCAGAAGAAACAACAAGAAAGAGCCAAGUCACCAAGCCAGCAGCAGAUAAAUGCUGCAAGGUCUCAGUCAGCAUCUCAGAUGACCACGUCUUCUCUACAGGCAAAGGGUAUGCCCGUUAACACAUUCCUGCCAACUUCUGUCCUGAGGAAGAUGCAUUCGGACAAAGCACUGGAGAAGGAGAAGCAGGCUUUGGAGGGGAAACCUGAUGAGAAAACAGCAGAGCUGAUAUCAUCCAUGCGAGAAUUUCCUGGGGGUUCAAAUGACCUGAUCAACCACCACUCUUUGGACAGCAUGUCCCGGAAACCCGACCAGAACCUACUGGAGGACCUGACUGACAUCAGCUUCCUGGAUCCAGUCAACCCGGAGCUGGUUGCCAUGAGCAGCCAGCUGGAGAACCAGCUGCGGAUCGGGCAGACCAACAUCCUUCCUGGAUCUCUGUCACAGCCCAUGUCUGUUGAAGAGAAGGUUGGUGAUCGGUUAAAAGCAACAAUGAAACUUUCAGCACUGGCGGAGAAGCCGGGCUUCCUGUCCCAGAUUCUGGACAAGUCUGCCAGAGCAGCAGCCGCAGCUGAGAUUGCCAGGGCAGGCCAGGGGAGACCAAUUGUUAAAGCUCAAGAACCGAUUCAGACAACCACAGAUGACAGGGCCCUACAGCAACAUUUGUUUGCCUUGCAUCAGCAGCAGCAGCAGCAGCAGCAACAACAACAACAACCACCACCACCACUUUCGGUACUUCAAAGCGGGAGACCAGUCACAGGAGGUAGCCCCAAGGUACAGCCUUCCUUUGCUGGCGUCCCAAUGGUACAGGCCAACCUUUCCCAGCUCUCCAGCAUGCAGCAGAGCUCCCUGAGUAAACCCACAGGUGGUCGGGCUAUUGUAGGAGGCAACUCAGCCCAGCAACAACAGUCCCAGGUGCCUUCCAUGGUGCAUCCACAGAACAUUGACAUGCUGCGGUUGAUGGACCUGCAGAGGCUGCAGCAGAUACCCCACUCCCAGAGCAUGGUGCUGCCACCUCCACCCAUACGCACUCCCAUUUCCUGCCUGGGCCCGCCACCAGGCACUGUCCCGGUAUCAGCUUGCAUUCCAGUUGUCGGGGGACCCAUGCCGACUGGGACUAACCCAGGGCUGCUGCACCAGCAGAUGGCUAGAGCUAAUGCCCUGAGUGCCCAGCACAACCGACAGAUCUCACAGUUCAUGGCCAGACAGCAGGUUCACCAGCAUCACAGCAUGGCGCCACUACCCUCUCUGCACAUGGUGGCGCCAGGAGUUUCAGCCCCACUGAGCCCCAGGGGUCAGGCCUCAGGGCCCUUGUCUCCGGCAGCUUUGAAUGCUACUAUUCAGAGAGUGGCAUCACCUCAUGGAGCUCUGAAAAUGAAUGGGCCGCUGGCAUCAACUACCCCCAACGGAACCGGUGGACCAAAGGUGGACGUGAACAGUGGCAUCCAGCGGUGGUUCAGCCCGGACAUCCUCAAGAACCAGCUGCCCAGCAUGCCUCCGCUGCCGGCCAAGGGCAACCAAGUGAUGACUGUGGAUGAACUGGAGGGAAACUGA